AUGUUGAUUAAAGGGCACCUUUUGAGGUUUUAUGUCGAUUUGGAUUCAAUUCUUACGGAUGACUGUAAUUUGGAAACGUUUUGGGAUGUUGGGGGUUUCGACCUCGUAGAUGAUGAAAGUAAAGCAGAAAGGCGUCCUACCAAGCAUAUGCCCAAGCCAGUUGAAUUGACAAAUGAGUUCAAUCCUGCAUACUCUUACUACGCUUAUUACUGCUAUGCAAACUUGUAUACUCUCAAUAAGCGUGGCUUAAAUGUAUCGCUUUUUAUGGAUGACCCUUUGCAAAUUCAUUUAACAAAGGAGCCUCUUGUGGAAGAAUACAACGUUGCAACAAAGUUAUGGAAGCUCAGUUCCUGUGAUCUUUGCGAGAUAGCCAUAAAUUCUGUCUAUCAGUCUAGAUUCUCACAUCAAGCCAAGGCAAUGCCUCCAAUAUGUGUCUACUUUUGGCGAGUUUUUGAAGCAUGGUUAGCCAUUGGUGGUACUUCUCUGCCGGCAGAGGAGUUUGUAAACUACACCAAUAGGUCAAAUGUAAACCUUGUGGAGGCUUUCAGAAACAUGAGACCUGGUGCAAAUGCUACGAAUAUGAUAUCCAUCGAGCUUAGAGCUGCAAUGGACAGCCAGAAUAGGAGCUAUGCUGCAAGUGGAUCUGUUCCUCCUGCUUUAGGUCCUUUGCAGGCUGUCUGA